CUUCUUUUCCAGCCUUUUUUUUUUAUAUAUAUAGUUUAUAAAAUGGAUUUGCAUUCAUGGGUAUCUGAUAACACCAUGAAGCUUAUGGGCAUGUCUGAAACAACCAUGGUUGAUUUCAUUAUUGCUACUGCUAAAAAAGCUUCUUCACCUCAAGACUUGUAUUCAAAACUAACAAGUACAGGUGCACCAAGCGAUGCUGGCACACAGCAGUUUGCGCUUGAGCUUUUUAGUCGAGUGCCGCGUAAACAACAACGAUCAGCUACCGCAGCUGCUGCACAGGCAGAAAAAGAAAAGCGCAAAAAAGAACAGAAAGAAGAAGCCAAGUUGCGCAAGGCUAAUGAACGAUAUGCCAUGAUGUUAGACGAUCCUCAAGAAGAUCAAGACGAAGAAAGGCGUAUUCGUAAACAAGAAAAGAAGCUUAGAAAAAAGAGAAAACAAGAAGAGUUGAGUGACGACGAUACCGAAGUAAAAAUGACAGAAAGCAGUCGAUACAAAAAGACUGAAGAAGAAGAGGAAGAGGAAAGAGAAAAACAAGCAGAAAUAGAACGCUUAAAAGAUAUUCAAGAGCGUGAUGAACUUGCACAAAGAUUGAAAGACAAAGACAAGGACCGCACCAAGAAGAUAGUUGAAGAUAGAUCAGCAAAAGAAGGCAGUGAAGCUUAUAAACGUCGUAAUUUGGCUGAUGACAAACAAGCGCGUCAAGAAGCAUUACCUGAACUCAGAAAGAUCUCUAAUCAAAAGUAUCUUAAAUAUCGUGAAGAACAGCAACUCGCUUUGCUUGAACAAGAAAUUGCAGAUGAAAAGCGAUUCUUUGCAGGACAAAAGAUGACAAAACGAGAAAUUAGAGAUUUGGAAUACAAGGAAGAAGUGCUUCGUUUAGCUAAAGCGCGUAUGAACAUUGAUACUAAAGAAGAUGGUUAUAUGAUGCCCGAAGAUUAUAUUACAGAGAAGGGCAAAAUUGACCGAAAAAAGAAAGAAAGCGCCUUGUAUAAGCGUUAUGAAGAAGAAGAAAAGUUUGAGACAGAACACGAUCUUUGGGAGAAAUCACAGAUUCAAAAGGCUACUGCUAAAGCCUCGCGACAACAAGAAGACGAUGACUAUGAUUAUGUGUUUGAUGAGGAUCAAAAGAUCGACUUUGUCAUGGCAGCCAAGCUGAAUGAGCCUGAUCCAAAAGAUAUUGAAUUGCUGGAGCGCAUUGAUGCUGCUGAACGCAAAGCAAAGUCAAUUGAAGAGAUCAGAAAAUCAUUGCCUAUUUACCAAUACCGCGACUCUUUACUAGAUGCCAUUGAUGAAUACCAAGUGCUUAUUAUUGUAGGUGAAACUGGUUCAGGCAAAACAACACAAUUACCACAAUAUUUAUAUGAGCAUGGAUUUACUAAAGACGGCAAAAAGAUUGGAUGUACUCAACCUCGUCGUGUGGCUGCCAUGAGUGUGGCUGCUCGUGUAGCUGAAGAAAUGGGUGUUCAUUUAGGUCAAGAAGUGGGUUACAGUAUUCGUUUUGAAGAUGCCACAUCUGACAAGACGUGUGUGAAAUACAUGACAGAUGGUAUGCUUUUGCGUGAAUUCAUGACAGAGCCUGAUUUGGCUUCUUACAGCUGUAUGAUUAUUGAUGAAGCCCAUGAAAGAACAUUGUCUACAGAUAUCUUGUUUGGUUUGAUUAAGGAUAUUGCUCGCUUUAGACCUGAUCUCAAGCUGUUGAUUUCGAGUGCCACGAUGAAUGCCCAGAAAUUUUCUGAAUACUUUGAUGAUGCGCCUAUUUUCAACAUUCCUGGUCGACCUUAUCCUGUUGAGAUUUACUAUACAAAGGCUCCUGAAGCCAAUUAUUUGCGUGCAGCCAUUACUCAAGUAUUGACUAUCCAUGUCACUCAGCCUAAAGGUGAUAUUCUUGUCUUUUUGACUGGUCAAGAUGAAAUUGAAGCAGCCCAUGAAGGUUUAACACAAGCAUAGCAACAAUCCCGCAUUUUUGAACCUACACCUGAAGGAGCACGUAAGGUCAUUCUAGCCACGAAUAUUGCCGAAACAUCCAUUACUGUCGACGGUGUCUCUUUCGUGAUCGAUCCUGGCUUCAAUAAACAAAAGACGUUUAACCCAAAAACAGGUAUGGAAGCCUUGACUGUUGUGCCUUGCUCGCGUGCCUCUUCCACUCAACGCGCUGGU